AAAAAAAACAAACACCACAAAAAAACACAAUGGAUCUAUUAACCUUCGGUAGAAUAGCCAGUCUUCUGAUAGUUUGUUUAUAUUUAAGUAAAGCGGAGAGCAAACAUAAGUCAGGACGGGGGAGAGGUUCAAUGUGGUGGGGCAUUGCAAAAGUUGGUGAACCAAAUAAUAUAUCACCCAUUAGUUCGAGUAUUAUGUAUAUGGACCCAGCUAUACAUAGUACUUUGCGGCGUAAACAGAGGCGCUUGGUACGUGACAAUCCUGGUGUACUGGGGGCAUUAGUUAAAGGAGCGAAUCUAGCAAUUAGUGAGUGUCAACAUCAAUUUCGCAAUCGUCGUUGGAAUUGUUCAACACGUAAUUUCUUGAGGGGAAAAAAUCUAUUUGGAAAAAUUGUAGAUCGAGGUUGCCGUGAAACAGGUUUCAUUUAUGCCAUAACCAGCGCAGCUGUAACGCAUUCUGUUGCGCGUGCUUGCAGUGAAGGUUCGAUUGAAUCGUGCACCUGCGAUUAUAGUCAUCAAUCGCGUUCGCCUCAAACCAGUGCUCAGGCUGGUAGUGUGGCGGGUGUACGCGAUUGGGAAUGGGGUGGCUGUUCCGAUAAUAUCGGUUUUGGUUUUAAAUUUUCCCGCGAAUUUGUUGAUACUGGUGAACGUGGCCGUAAUCUCAGAGAAAAAAUGAAUUUACAUAAUAAUGAAGCGGGAAGAGCGCACGUUCAGUCUGAAAUGCGUCAGGAAUGCAAAUGUCAUGGCAUGUCCGGUUCAUGUACGGUAAAAACAUGCUGGAUGCGUUUAGCGAACUUCCGUGUUAUUGGUGAUAAUCUUAAAGAUCGUUUCGAUGGUGCUUCUCGUGUUAUGAUGACCAACAGUAUACGUCCCAGCGGUAGCGCUAAUACAAUAGCUAACGUUAGUCCAAACGCAGUCGGUAUUACAACGGCACUAUCGCCGAAUGCUGUCAUACCAAAUAAUUAUGAUACGGAUCGUAUGUUAAACGAUGAGCAACCUAUUAAACAUCAUCCUAAUAUGGCCUCACCGAACAGUCUACCCAAUCCGCAUAGUAUUUCAAGGAAUUCAAUAAGAGGCCGUCAAAGACAAGGCAAAAAGAAUAACAGAUAUCAUUUUCAAUUGAAACCCCUUAAUCCUGAUCAUAAACCACCGGGUAUUAAGGAUAUUGUGUAUUUGGAACCCUCACCUAGUUUCUGUGAAAAGAAUCUACGUUUAGGCAUCCAAGGCACACAUGGGCGACAGUGCAAUGACACGUCCAUCGGUGUGGACGGUUGCGAUUUAAUGUGCUGUGGCCGUGGCUAUCGUACACAAGAAGUAAUAGUGGUUGAACGUUGUGCUUGCACGUUUCAUUGGUGUUGUGAAGUCAAGUGUAAACUAUGUCGAACGAAGAAGACGAUACACACGUGUCUAUAAGUGAAUCAACAAAAAAAAAA